UAAAAGGCGAGAUGAGCAUUGAAAUGCAUUAUCUAUCUCAAGGACAUAGGCGAAGAUUCGUAGAUUCGAUCCGGAGACCAUGGCAAUGUUAAUACUUUCUGUUGUUCUGGUCCUUAUUGCCCAGUGUCGCCCUGAAUCGGUGAACUCCUACACCAACGUAUCGAAUCCGAAGCACCACUAUCUAAUCUCUCAUUUCAUGAGGUACCAGAGCGAUGCAAAGACGUGGCAGGCAGCUAAGGAGUUCUGCCCUACAGUCGGCGAUGAGUUCGUCCUUAUGAAUCAAUACUCGCCGUGGACUGCCAAGGUCAUGUGGGAAGAAGAAGUACCUGCUGGUGUGGAUAAGAUUUGGUCCUCCAUUGAAUGCAACUAUUACAAAAGGAAUGAUCAGUCUACCUACCCAGAUGAGCUGUGCAAUUCCGUUAGACCGUUCGUCUGUGUGAAGACAACCCGUGUUGAAGUGCCUGUUAAAGACUUCAGUUAAGCAAUAAAAGAUGAUUGACUA